AUGGGUUCAAGUGCACCAGAUUCCACAGUUUUGAAGAGCUGUAGAGAUCGUUCUCCUACUUCCUCUGUUGUCAAGCUCUCUCAGGUUACUGCCAUCAACAACAAAUACGAGUCACCUCAGUUCGAAUCCGGUGGAUACAACUGGAGAAUGGUUCUGUACCCUAAAGGGAACGAAGAGGACAACGGAAGUGGGUUUGUGUCGAUGUAUGUGGAACUUGACAAGAGCUGCCUCUCAUCCUCCACAACAUCACCCACGGAGGUCUUUGCUCAUCUCUCUUUCUUUGUUUUUAACAAGAAAGAGAACAAGUACUUCUCUGUUCAAGAUGUUGAAGCAAAGCCGUUCAACUCUUCAAGAACUNUACAAUCCCAUAAUAAACCAUACGAUUUCAACUCGAUAAAAGAGUUUAACGUUCGCAUAGUCUAA